AUGCGGACUGCGCUUCGGAUAUCAUACGAAGAGCAAUUGAGUUACAAGAGUUCCGUCCUUAAGCGGCGGACCGUCCGAAAGAGUUUAAUGCUCAACGAGAAAACGCGGCGGAUGACUGUGGCCAUUCAAAAUGAAGGGAGAGAGUUAGUGUUUUGGUGUGUAGAAGGUGAAAAUGAAUUCAUAUCAAAGAUGUUGGAUGAGCUUGGGAAGAGUGUUAAAAACUCGAAUGUGAUAUUUAAAGGGAUAGUGGAGCAGUGGAAGAAGUGUGUAGAGCUUGAAGAUGAGAAGAAGCAGUGGGUUGUUAAAGCGAAAAGCAUUUGGGAGAAUAUACAAAGGAACAAAGAGGAGAAGUGGAGCGAAUUGAAAGAAGUAUUAAAGAAGGAAGUUGAUGAGGAGAUUUGUUAUACCGAUGACAUAACCAUUAUCGAUGAUACAAAAGACAACGAACAACCAAAUGACACAAAAGAAGGUGAGAAGGACGAUUUGGAGGAAAAAGAGAAAGUCAAAAGCAUUCAAAAGCGGGCUGGCAUUCAAACGGAAAAGAAACAGAAGAGCUCCAAAGAGAAGAAACGGAAAAGUUUGAAAAUCGAAGAAACUUCGAAGUCACACAAGUGUUCAACAUCAUUAAAAAAAAGAAGAAGACAUUCAAAAAUCGCGUUCAAAGACACCUCCGUUGGCUUCUUCUCACCCAAUCCUUCGACUAUCGAUGACACAGAAAAUUCAAAGAGAAAUUCGAAUGGAAAUUCUACAACUUCUUCAUCGUCUUUAAUGAAAGUACAAACUGAACAACUCAAUUCCAGUGAUAAAGUGUCACAUAUGAAGCAAAUGAAUGUAGAGGAGAGUCAA